AUGGCAUCGGAAGAAAACGAAAGCAAGAUGGAUGUGGAUGGAGUCGAAAAGAACAAUAUUGCAGAUGAUAACUUUAGUGAUGAUGAGGCACCAUCAACAGUGGAUGACAAGAAGGUCGUGAUAGGAGGAAACGGACAAAUGGAUGACACGGCACUAUUGAAGAUAGGCGUGAGACCAACGCCAAAACCAGUUCCAAAGGAGAAAAGGAUAACAACUCCAUACAUGACGAAAUAUGAAAAGGCAAGAAUAUUAGGAACCAGAGCUUUACAGAUUGCAAUGAAUGCACCUGUUCUUGUUGAUAUAGAGGGAGAGACGGAUCCACUUCAAAUUGCCAGAAAGGAGCUUGCUCAAAAGAAGAUCCCACUUAUCGUGAGGAGGUAUCUACCUGAUAACUCUUAUGAGGAUUGGAGUGUCGAGGAGUUAAUCAUUGAUUAA